AUGACUUCGGGGGGCCCGGCAGACCCAUGGGCGCUGCUUUGUAGUCAACUGCAGCAGCUCGCCCGGCAGUAUGUGGAGGAGCAGGAGAAGGUCAUUUCUGCGCUGCGGCCGACUGGGCAUGUGCAGAGCACGCAGGGUCUCGACAGCCUGGCGCCUGCUCGCCCCCAAUCUCGGUUGGUCCUGGAACCCUGGCUGACAGCUCCGAGCCCUGACUUGGUCGAAAAGGCUUCACCUGCAGUUCCUUCAUCGCCCAGGCCAGCCAGACCCACGAGUCCGCUGACUCCACUGAGUCCCGGUGCAAGGCCCACCUUCCGCGAGAGCUCGAGCCUGAGCGCGAGCCUGGAUUGGACGAGCUUCGCAACAAAGCAGAUCACAGAGAUGGACGACCGUCGCCAUACACAGGUGAAGCGGUUCACGCGUUACGUCCCUUGCUGUUCGCAACGCCUGGAGAGAUGUCUGCUGGCAUGGAAGGGAUGGAAGGAGCCCCGUCCAAGCGGCCGUCUGGCAUCUGUGGUCCAGAGUGGUUGGUUUCAGACGAUUUGCUUGCUGGCUAUCAUGGCCAACGCCGGGGUCAUCAUUCACUCCAGCAACUGGGCCAUGGCAAACAUCGGGAAGGAGGAGCCGAUUGAACUUGUCAUCCUCGGCCACCUCUUCACAGCCUUCUACACGCUGGAGCUGCUUCUGAAGCUCGCAGUCCAUCGGCUUUAUUUCUUCGUGAAUGCGGAUGGCGGCUGGAACAGCUUUGAUUUUGGGCUGGUUCUCUUUGCUUACAUGGAGCUCUUGGCCGCGUCACUCUUGAACCCGACCUUCCUGCGCAUCGUCCGACUGGUCAAAGUGGGCAGGAUCGCUCGGAUGCUUAAGGCGCUACGAGCCCUGGAAGACCUACGCACGAUCCUGGACUCCCUCCUGGGCUGCGUGUUCACCAUGUUCUGGUCGCUGGUGCUGCUGGCCUUCCUCCUUUGCCUCUUCGCCAUCUUCUUCGUUCAGAUGGGAGUGAUGCACGUCAGCAGCGAAGGCGAUGCCCUCAACCAGACAUGGUGGACUGACUACCAGCGAUACUUCAACAGCGUGUUCAUGUGCAUGCUCACGCUGCUGGGCUGCACCACCGGCGGCGAGGAUUGGAUCGACAUCCACCGUUUGGUCUACGAGACAGGGUCCAUUCCUGGUGGGAUUCUGGUGUUUUUCAUCGUCUUCUUUACCCUGGCGGUCUACAACAUUGUCAUGACUUCCUUCAUCGACAGGGCCAUGAAGUCCACGCGCCCGACGAUGGCCGAGAACUUGGAGCGGAGGCAGGCCGAGGACCAGGCCUUUGCUGUGCAGCUCUACGACAUGCUCUUUGAGGUUGACUGGGAUGGCGACGGCUCCAUCAGUGUCGAUGAGUUUCGGGAGGCGAUGGGAAGCGAUAACCAGCUGGCAGCCUUCUUGAAGUUCCACGGCCUCGACAUCAAGGACUGCACCACGUUCUUUGCGAUGGUCUCACCAAGUGCCACAUCUGUGAGCUUCAUCGACUUUGUUCAAGCCUGCUGCCGGAUGCGAGGCUCUGCCUCAUCCAUGGAUGUGAGUUUGGUGAGCUUUGAAGUCAAGCAGCUGCUGAAGCGGCAGUGGCGGCUACAGGACGAGCUUCAGAAGCAGUUCCGUGGCCUGGAUGCCAGGCUGCCAAGGCUCGGCUCCGCGGGCUGGCUCGGAUCUGGGGAGCAGCCGGACUUGAACGACUCCGUGCGGACACCACGAGGCUCCCAGCAGUCGAAGCUGGACAUGAGCGACGCCGGCACUGGGGCGUGCCUGGGCUCCCCCGACCUGAUGCCGCAGGAUGACAACGCGGAUCCGAAAUCCGCCGUUGACGCGGCGGGGCCCAGCGCUGAAGCGCAGGAGGACAGCCUUCAAGACUUCAUUCAGGGGCUGGCCUUCUCUGCUUCUGCAAGAGCCAAGGCCAAGGCCAAGGCGAAAGCAGCGGCCAAGGCCAAGGCCGCCAGCGUCUUCGCCGACAGCCACGUGGAGAGUGCGGACGGCGCACCGGCAGUGGCAGAGGAGAAGGCCAAAGCCAAGGCCAAGGCCAAAGCCAAACCUAAGGCCAAAGCCAAAGCGAAGCCCGAAGCACCGCCGCCGACGCCGCUCGCAGAUGCAGAUGCAAAGCCAGCAGUGACCAGAAACUAG